AUGGCUGACUUCCCAUCGUCAUAUGAAGCUAUUUCAAGACUAGCAGACCUGCUUAGUCCAUACGACGUCGGCACCGUACCUGGUUUCUUGCGCUUUUUAAAGUGGUCUAACAGUGUUUUGAUUGAUAAUGGGGCUCUAAUGUUUUUCACGCAUCUGGACCUGCCAAACAACGACAUCAAUAUUAGCGUUUCUGAGGCUAACGAGUACCGAGUCGAUGCGUUCUGCUACAACCACGGUUAUGUUUUGGUGGAUAGAACGGAUGACAAUAGACCAAGUUCUUACAUCCAGCGCGUCUCUGUGUUCCGCCAUCCAACGUCAACGGUGUCUAUAAUCAUCACAGUCUCGGCAUCAUCAUUAAAUUUCCUUCCAAUCUUCUCAGCAGCAUCAACUCUCCACAUGAACUUCAUUAGCCAUGAGGGAGCUGUCUGCCUGUAUCCAGACCUACUCAACAACAAAUCGGCAGUUAUUCAAUUUGCGCAACGUGAUGAUGAGCCUCUCAUCUCGUCGUACCGAUCUUACGGAUUCAACUUGCGCCAUCAGGGCUCUUCACGGGAUCACUAUUGCAUGAAGUCACCAAAAUCGCUGACUGGUAACAACGUACUCUUUAUCCCUUUCUCAGCGGACGGCGAGUCGGCCGCGCCAUGCCACAACGCUUUCGGAGUGACCGACGUGAUUUGGAGGCUUGGUGGACAAUGUUGUGAUGACCAUGCACGGAUUGCCACAGUAAUUGAUGUGCCAUCGAAGAACAUAUAUAAAUGGUUAGUACGUAAUCAUUUGGCAACUGUUGGCUCUUCCCGCGAUGGUUCCACUUGGAGUCAAACCACGAUGGAGUCAUACGCUUCAGAAGCCCUGCAGGAAAUACCCGACCUUAUAUCCCAGGAGGACAGAGAACGACUGAUACAAACAAACGAACUAGCUGACACAGUAUCAUUAUAUGAAGAAUUGCUCGAGAAAUACCCAGAACGCGCCCACCCUUAUUUCUUAGUCAGGAAAGCUAAUCUGGUUCUUCGGCUUGGAGGAGAUGCGAUUGCACUUGGUCUUUACAGGAAAGCGCAGGACAUUUUGUGCCGCUUGAGCGUUUGCGAUGAAAAGCUGGAUGUGUUUUUGCAGGCAAUUUCAGAGAGAACUGAGCGGUUGGCGAACGCGCUGUUGGAGAAAUCGUGUCAAGUGACCUAUUAUCGCCCUUGGAAGCCGACGAAGGAAUACAAAUUUCCGACAGAUCAACCGCAGCUGCCUCCCGGUGCUUCUGAGCUCAAAGAGCGAUGGAACACAUUGAACCAAGAUCCAACCUUUUACGCAUCGUACCUUGUCAAAUUGGCCAUUGAAACGAAUCACGUAGAAAGUACAUUCUUGCUGAAGGAGAAGUCUAUGCAAGACCUUAUCAGGCGUGGACUAGAUGAAGGUGUAAUUUCAACAGAACCGCAUAGCCCGCUAUCCCAUCCAGACAAGAUUCGAUCUAUCUUGAGAGAUACAGUCACUGCCUAUCAGCAAUUAACCCCCCUCGUCAACAACACCGCUCCCCUCUCCAUGUCCGCAGCAUGCGCAAUUCACGCUACCCUCAUGAAGACUAGUCGAUUUCUGGAGAGCCGCUACAUCGCACCCGGGGCUACACGUGCAGAGACAUGGAAAACAGUCGUGAUAUCAGGCAGCUACAAUGUUCAAAUGUGCCCAUACCCAGAGGUCGACAAGGAGUUUGAGUAUAUAUGCAGAAUGGCCAAGCAAUGGAUCAGGACGUGGAGGAAUCCGUUCGCUAGUGCUAGCUGGACGCACCUCACGUUAGUUAGCUGUCAUCCAUUUGAUGAUGGAAAUGGGCGACUCGUGCGUAUCAUUGCAUCGCUCCCGCUACUGCAGCAUAAAUUCCCUCCUAUCUCAAUAACAAUGGCGCAGAGAGCUGAGUAUUAUAAAGGGAUUGUGAAAGCUCGUGAUGGAGAUCACACAGAUAUGCUGCGAUGCUUUGUCGAGGGGAUGAAGGAGACCCUUGAUCUGGUUGAAAGUCUUAGAAAUUCAUGA